GCCCCAGAGCAUCUUUGAGAGAUAAGUUUAAGGAAAUUAAUAUUCUUACACUGGCGUCACAGUACAUCUAUGAAAAUGUAAUUUAUGUUAAGAGGAAUAGUAAUUUCUUAUCACUUAUACAAAGGUAAUACCGAAAAUACAUGCCAAUAAUAGCGGAUUUUGUCUUGAAAAUAACAGGCAGCGUACAUGAUUGUGGAUGAAAUGCACGAGGAGCACCCUGAACUGCUGAAGGACCAGUAUUGGGAGGAGGUGGUGCCCAAAGACUUGCCGUACACAGUAGCAUCGGAACAUUACAGGCGUCACGAGCCAGCAUGCUCUGCUGACCAUUAUAAGGUUAAGGCAGAAGAUGCCGUAUACGCCAAUGUUCAAGCCCCUAGGAAGAGCCACGAUGAAACUUAUGCAGAUUAUGAGAGUGUAGAUACGCCAUUGGUAGAACGACGAAAAAACUGGUUUCAAAGACAAAUAUCAAGAAUGGGUUCUGUACGAUCGGCUUCGACCGCAUACUCUUCCGGGGGAUUGUUCGGACGUAACCGGCAUAACUCGGUUGUGUACUCGAGCCCCGAGGCGGGUCAGCCGUUGCCACAACCGCCACCUCACAAGAUGUCUCUCUAUGAGCGACUUGUUGGACGGAAAUCCGGCCGCGGACAGCAUCGUCAAAACUCCAGACAUGGUGGUCAAAAAAGCAACGGUUCGGCGGUGCCAAUAACCCUGCGUAAUCGUCCACGCAUCCCCACGCCAGACGUGACAAAGGAAGUAAUGGACCGUGAGAACAGAAUAGCCAUGGGCAUGCAGAAUAUGGGGGUUAUAAUGGCACAGAGCUAUCAAAAUGAAGUACCAGUGCUGGGCGCACUGGUGCUCUCCCCCAUACAAGAGCUUGAUAGUGGUUCUGUGAAUAAUACUUUACAUGCAGGGCAGCCAGGUACGACAGCCCUGGCGCAGGCGGUGCUGUCGCCUGGCUCCCUGUCACCGAUGCUAACAGCGGCGCCUGUGACGCUGUCUUCCAUGGGCGUAUCUCAGCUUACUCUGGUGAGCUCGACGCCAUCAACGCCGAGGACGGAGCGUGGUAUCCCGGUAGUGCAGACGACGGGAGGGACCACACCGCCUUUGCAGCCUGCUACUGUCACGGAACUUCCACCCUCCGACCGCGAUAGCGACCACAGCGGCAGCACGGGCACGCCACCUGAGUUUACGCGUAAACCAAACGGGUCCAAAAGAGGAGAAGUCUAUGUCUAACUCGUGAACCGUCCAAACAAGUGGUGCUUAUAAAAUUGUGAUCGGUAUAGAAGUUUAAGAACAGAAUUUUGUGUGACUGUCGACAGAAAUAACUCUCAAGAUAGGUCAUUUACUGAUAAAUGACUAUUUGUGUUAUCUAAAAUGAAUUUACGCACAAACAGGGAUUGAAUUGUACUUAUA